AUGGAAAAUAGCAGCUAUUCUUCCGGCUACGAGAGCGAGGCUGCUACCGUUGAAGGCCGGUCAGUUGAAGUGGCCCGAGAGAGGGAGAGCCGCAGAGCUCGCACCAAGUUCACUUCCGAACAAAUCUACAAACUGGAGAAGACCUUCAACAAGCAGAAGUAUCUGGAUCCUAGCGGGAGAGUUAAAACUGCAGCGGAACUGAACCUCUCUGAAACGCAGGUGAGAACCUGGUUUCAGAACCGGAGAAUGAAGCUGAAACGGGAGGUGCAAGAUUGGACGCACCACUUUACUCCCGCUGUUGGCUUCCCGGCGGUGUUCUUGCCAUGCUCCCCUGCGUUUCAGAACCACGGCAGCACUGGACAGCGACACCCCUUCAUCUCAACAGCACUGGCAUCCUACCAGCGCCCACUGGAGCAGAUACCAGCACAGCGAGCGCAGCACCUAUUGCACCCCAUCUGUUACUGA